GGGGGCCCGGCCCCGGGGUGGUGGUGCGGGAUGCCGCCGCCGCCGCCUGCGGGCUGCGUUCGCUAUCCACGGCUGGUACCCGUGUCGGGUGGGUGGCCGGGCGCGGGCCUCGCCCCUCAGCCCCCUCUCCAAGGCUAGCCCGGCCGCGCGGCGCCCCGAGGGGGCCGGGCCGUCCGGUGGGGCCGCGGCCCUGUUCGGUGCUGCGAGCUCGCCCUCUCGCGGCUCCCCGGCCCGGCCGCCGCCGCCGCCCCUCUCCCCGCCCAGAGGCGCCCCGGGGGCACCAUGCAGGCGCAGCAGCUGCCGUACGAGUUUUUCAGCGAGGAGAACGCACCCAAGUGGCGGGGGCUGCUGGUGCCGGCGCUGAAAAAGGUCCAGGGGCAAGUUCAUCCAACUCUUGAGUCUAGUGAUGAUGCUCUUCAAUAUGUUGAAGAAUUAAUUUUGCAGUUAUUAAAUAUGCUAUGCCAAGCUCAGCCCCGAAGUGCUUCAGAUGUAGAGGAACGUGUUCAAAAAAGUUUCCCUCAUCCAAUUGAUAAGUGGGCAAUAGCUGAUGCCCAGUCGGCUAUUGAAAAGAGGAAGCGAAGAAACCCUUUAUCUCUCCCAGUAGAAAAAAUUCAUCCUUUACUAAAGGAGGUCCUAGGUUAUAAAAUUGACCACCAGGUCUCUGUUUACAUAGUAGCAGUAUUAGAAUACAUUUCUGCAGACAUUUUAAAGCUGGUGGGGAAUUAUGUACGAAAUAUACGGCAUUAUGAAAUUACAAAGCAGGAUAUUAAAGUGGCAAUGUGUGCUGAUAAGGUAUUAAUGGACAUGUUUCAUCAAGAUGUAGAAGAUAUAAAUAUAUUAUCUUUAACUGAUGAAGAGCCUUCCACCUCAGGAGAGCAAACUUACUAUGAUUUGGUAAAAGCAUUUAUGGCAGAAAUUCGACAGUACAUAAGGGAACUAAAUUUAAUUAUAAAAGUUUUUAGAGAGCCCUUUGUCUCCAAUUCAAAAUUGUUUUCAGCUAAUGAUGUAGAAAAUAUAUUUAGUCGUAUAGUAGAUAUACAUGAACUUAGUGUAAAGUUACUGGGCCAUAUAGAAGAUACUGUGGAAAUGACUGAUGAAGGUAGCCCCCAUCCCUUAGUAGGAAGCUGCUUUGAAGACUUAGCAGAGGAACUGGCCUUUGAUCCAUACGAAUCAUACGCUCGAGAUAUCUUACGGCCUGGUUUUCACGAUCGUUUCCUUAGUCAGUUAUCAAAGCCUGGAGCAGCACUCUAUUUACAGUCAAUAGGCGAAGGCUUCAAAGAAGCUGUUCAGUAUGUUUUACCCAGGCUACUUCUAGCCCCUGUUUACCACUGUCUGCAUUACUUUGAACUUUUGAAGCAGUUAGAAGAAAAGAGUGAAGAUCAAGAAGACAAGGAAUGUUUGAAACAAGCAAUAACAGCUUUGCUUAAUGUUCAGAGUGGUAUGGAAAAAAUAUGUUCUAAAAGUCUUGCAAAACGAAGAUUGAGUGAAUCUGCAUGUCGGUUUUAUAGUCAGCAAAUGAAGGGGAAACAACUAGCAAUCAAGAAAAUGAACGAGAUUCAAAAGAAUAUUGAUGGUUGGGAGGGAAAAGACAUUGGACAGUGUUGCAAUGAAUUUAUAAUGGAAGGAACUCUUACACGUGUAGGAGCCAAACAUGAGAGACACAUAUUUCUCUUUGAUGGCUUAAUGAUUUGCUGUAAAUCAAAUCAUGGGCAGCCAAGACUUCCUGGUGCUAGCAAUGCAGAAUACCGUCUUAAAGAAAAGUUUUUCAUGAGAAAGGUACAAAUUAAUGACAAAGAUGACACCAGUGAGUACAAGCAUGCUUUUGAAAUAAUUUUAAAAGAUGAAAAUAGUGUUAUAUUUUCUGCCAAGUCAGCUGAAGAGAAAAACAAUUGGAUGGCAGCCUUGAUAUCUUUACAAUACCGGAGUACGCUGGAGAGGAUGCUUGAUGUGACGAUGCUGCAGGAAGAGAAGGAGGAGCAGAUGAGGCUCCCUAGUGCCGAUGUUUAUAGAUUUGCAGAGCCUGACUCUGAAGAGAAUAUAAUAUUUGAAGAAAACAUGCAGCCCAAGGCUGGAAUUCCAAUUAUCAAAGCAGGAACUGUUAUUAAGCUAAUAGAGAGGCUCACAUACCAUAUGUAUGCAGAUCCCAAUUUUGUUCGGACAUUUCUUACAACAUACAGAUCCUUUUGUAAACCUCAAGAACUACUGAGUCUUAUAAUAGAAAGGUUUGAAAUUCCAGAGCCUGAGCCCACAGAAGCUGAUCGCAUAGCUAUAGAGAAUGGAGAUCAGCCCUUGAGUGCAGAACUAAAAAGGUUUAGAAAAGAAUACAUACAGCCUGUACAGCUGCGAGUAUUAAAUGUAUGUCGGCAUUGGGUAGAGCACCACUUCUAUGAUUUUGAAAGGGAUGCAGAUCUUUUGCAGCGAAUGGAAGAAUUUAUUGGAACAGUGAGAGGUAAAGCAAUGAAAAAAUGGGUUGAAUCCAUCACUAAAAUAAUCCAAAGGAAAAAAAUUGCAAGAGACAAUGGACCAGGUCAUAAUAUUACAUUUCAGAGUUCACCUCCCACGGUUGAAUGGCAUAUAAGCAGGCCUGGGCACAUAGAAACUUUUGACCUGCUCACCUUACACCCAAUAGAAAUUGCUCGACAACUCACUUUACUUGAAUCAGAUCUAUAUAGAGCUGUACAACCAUCAGAAUUAGUUGGAAGUGUGUGGACUAAAGAAGACAAAGAAAUUAAUUCUCCUAAUCUCCUAAAAAUGAUCCGGCAUACCACGAAUCUCACUCUAUGGUUUGAGAAAUGUAUUGUAGAAACUGAAAACUUAGAAGAAAGAGUAGCUGUGGUGAGUCGAAUCAUUGAGAUUCUACAAGUCUUUCAAGAGCUGAACAACUUCAAUGGUGUCCUUGAGGUUGUCAGUGCUAUGAACUCCUCACCUGUUUACAGACUAGAUCACACAUUUGAGCAAAUACCAAGUCGCCAAAAGAAAAUUUUAGAAGAAGCUCAUGAAUUAAGUGAAGAUCACUAUAAGAAAUAUUUGGCAAAACUCAGGUCUAUUAAUCCACCAUGUGUGCCUUUCUUUGGAAUUUAUCUAACUAAUAUCUUGAAAACAGAAGAAGGCAACCCUGAGGUCCUAAAAAGGCAUGGAAAAGAGCUUAUAAACUUUAGCAAAAGGAGGAAAGUAGCAGAAAUAACAGGAGAGAUCCAGCAGUACCAAAAUCAGCCUUAUUGUUUACGAGUAGAAUCAGAUAUCAAAAGGUUCUUUGAAAAUUUGAAUCCAAUGGGAAAUAGCAUGGAAAAAGAAUUUACAGAUUAUCUUUUCAACAAAUCCCUAGAAAUAGAACCACGAAACCCUAAGCCUCUUCCAAGAUUUCCAAAAAAAUAUAGCUAUCCCCUAAAAUCUCCUGGUGUUCGUCCAUCAAACCCAAGACCAGGUACCAUGAGACAUCCCACACCUCUGCAGCAGGAGCCAAGGAAAAUUAGUUACAGUAGGAUCCCUGAAAGUGAAACAGAAAGUACAGCAUCUGCACCAAAUUCUCCAAGAACACCGUUAACACCUCCUCCUGCGUCUGGUGCUUCUAGUACCACCGAUGUUUGCAGCGUUUUUGAUUCCGAUCAUUCGAGCCCUUUUCACUCAAGCAGCGAUACCGUCUUUAUCCAAGUUUCACUGCCCCAUGGCCCAAGAUCUGCUUCAGUAUCAUCUAUAAGUUUAACCAAGGGCACUGAUGAGGUGCCCGUCCCCCCUCCUGUUCCUCCACGAAGACGGCCGGAAUCUGCCCCCGCCGAAUCUUCGCCAUCUAAGAUUAUGUCUAAGCAUUUGGACAGCCCCCCAGCAAUUCCUCCUAGGCAGCCCACAUCAAAAGCCUAUUCGCCACGAUACUCCAUAUCAGACCGGACCUCUAUAUCAGACCCUCCUGAGAGCCCUCCCUUAUUACCACCACGAGAACCUGUGAGGACACCUGAUGUCUUCUCCAGCUCACCACUACAUCUCCAGCCUCCCCCUUUGGGCAAAAAAAGCGACCAUGGCAAUGCCUUCUUCCCAAAUAGCCCUUCCCCUUUUACACCACCUCCUCCUCAAACACCCUCUCCUCAUGGCACAAGAAGGCACUUGCCAUCGCCACCACUGACACAAGAAGUGGACCUUCCUUCCAUCACCGGGCCGCCGGUUCCUCCACGACAAAGCACUUCUCAGCAUAUCCCUAAACUCCCUCCAAAAACUUAUAAAAGGGAGCACAUGCACCCAUCCAUGCACAGAGAUGGACCACCACUGCUGGAGAAUGCCCAUUCCUCCUGAGUUUCUCUGUUCCAGGACAGACGUUUUCCCAGCCCCGGAUCCAUUGCUGGCGAUGGACGCACCGAACGUGCCAGCGCGGACGGGUCGAAACAACAGCUCCCAACACUAACGACUCUCCUUCGAGAUGCAGCAUAAGACGGUGGAUUUUACCCGAGACGUAAUUAUACAAUGAAAAUGGUAUUCGUGUAGAAUCUGGGAAGACUGAUCUGGAGAGAUUGGACAACUGAUUGAUUGCACCUGAAAAUCAAGUAAAGGGACUUUUUCUAGCCAAUGGGCAGGAGUCCUCUUUUUGUGAAGUGAUCUUUAUCAUUAAGGGAUGGAAAACACAGUCUAGUGUCCUGCAGGCCCACAUGAUGACAGUUUUUGUAAUUCAAAAUAUGCACUUUUUAAAAAGAAAUCUUAAACAGGGAUCUUCACAUCUCCCUUGUUUUUCUUUGCUUUUACUCGUCCUACUUUAGAAUAUUUUCUUAAAAAUCAUUCAGAGGACUGUGAGGAGGGGCUGUGGUGCCUGAGCUCGUUGGAGUCAAGGCCCAGCACUGUGCUGCAGUCCUGUUUACAGAUUAUUACAGUGAAGUGAAUGGGUACCGAGGCUUCACCAAAGAGGUACUUUUUUUCUUUCUUUUUUCUUUUUGUUUUUUUCUUUCUUUCCUUUUUUUUUUUUUAGGAGUAAUUAUACUAAUUUUAAGAGCAUUUCCCCACCCACCCUCCCUACACAAACAAAACGUGAUGGUGUUGCCUUCAAAUGAGAAGUUUUGUUUCAUUAAGGUGACAGAAGAACUUUUUUAAAAAUGUAACUGUCAAGUAUACGAUUUACACUUAGGAGACUGUUAAUCUAUGCUAGAUUGUUCUUUUCCCCACUUCUCCCACAAAAGUUUACCGGUAAUCCAUGUCAUGGCUCAUUGCUGUCCCUCUAACCGUACUCUGGAAAUGCAGUCCCCCAGUGUGAAAAGGAGCACUUGCUGGGCACCACUAACAUCGUUCGUGUUUUACUGAGAGUGAGUAAUCAGCAUCUCUAGAAUUCCCUUGCAUUGCCGAAAUCAUGUGUAUAUAGUGAAUGUUAUAUAAUAAACCUGGCAGGUCUGUUUUAAUUUAAUUGAAUAAAGAUAAAAAUACUUUGUUUGGCUGGCAUAUAUUAAAUUAUUAUAUGGAGAAAAUGGUUGAUUCUUAUUUCUUUCAGUUGAAACACACACAGACACACACACACACACACACACACACACACACAAAGCAUAAAAGCACGUAUUGUGGUACGCCUUGAUUUCUAGUUCUGGAUGUAUGUAUUCACCUUAAAGAAUGAUCUAAAGUUAUAGUUUGGUAUGUAGGAAAAAAAUUGGGUUAGAAUAGGAUGGUUAUCUUUUAAGCAGAACUUUGUAAGUUUUUAAAUUUCCUAGGCAACAUGUAUACAGUUUAUUAGUUUAUAUUAAACAUUCUACCUUGCUUGAGGUCUUUGCUCUAUCAAAACUAUUCAUAAGAGAACAUCUGCCUACAUCAUUAGUAUCAUAAUACGGAUUAUUCCUGAAGCCUGUGUACUGAUCUUCUGAGUCUAACCAAUACUGUGAGUGAAAUGCAUGCAACUUGUCGAAGAGAAAAAGCUGUACGAAUCUCCACGGCAGUGUCUGUGAGUGUGCGGUCCUCCAUGCUGAGAGUCAUCAGUUCAUCAGUAUGUGCAUGUGUCCUCAGAAUAAUGAAGCAACAUCUCAGCAGUUCUGUUAGCUAUGCCAUCAGAGACGUUUUUAAGAAGUGCUGCAUCAUGGUGGAAACCUCAUACUUUAAUAAUUUCCUGUGAUAUUUAUUAGAGCAUUAAAUGUAAUGUACAUCACAGUAGUACAGCAUAUAGCCCUUUAAGACCAGAAUGUUGAUUGCAUCAUCAUUAAGCAAUCCAUCCUAUCAUAUCCUUUCUUAUUUAUUUGUUAGAGUCGAAUCUUUUUCGUUUAAUAUCUGUACCACUCCUAUUAAGGUAGUCAUCGUUCUCUUUGUAAAAUGUCUCCUUUUAAAAGUUUCCCCUCAAGUUAAUUUCAAAUCCACUCUUGGGCACAAAGUGUCCAUAAGGCCAUUCAUUCAACAAGUGUUCAUCUAAGCCUACUUACUAGUGCUGCUACAAUUAAUCAUAAUACACAUUCCAGAAUCCCCCAUGACUUUUUAUUAGAACACCCUCAUUUUCCAUAGGAUUUCCCUUUAUGUGUCUUAAGGAUCACUUCUCUUUUUAAUUACUCCCACCCCACUCCAAAUGGGAACCUGACAAGUCACAUUAGAGCCUAUUCAAUCUCUCUCUGGCCAGUGUGUUCGCCUAAAAUAAUGCUUUUCAACCCCGCUGACCUUUUAAAGAAGAAAAAGUCAGAUUUGAAGUUCUAAUCCUACUUCUCCCAAAGGCAACCAUUCUCCUACCCCAGUGGUUCUAGGAGACCACUUCACUGUGCAUCAGCAUUGUGGAUAGAGGAUAUUUUUAAUUCUGAAGUUGACAUUUGGGUAAAAAUAUUUUCUGCAGUGGUAACUGACUAGAAAAAUCCCAACUGGACGCCCUUAAACAGAGGUGAGAAAACUGCAUCCUUGCCUUCUUCAUACGUGAAACAUUAACUAGCUGACAAAUUUAUUCUUUGUAAUAACUAAAAUAUACUUAUUCAGGGACAAGAAGUGGCUGAGAAGAGAAGUGCAUCACCACAAAAUUCUGCUUUUGAAUCCAGGACAUUACAAGACAGUCAAUGCAGCAUGACUAUUUCUAAACCACAUUCCAAAAAAGGGACAUUUCUUUUAGAAAUGGAAAUGUCCUUAGAAGGUUCAUUAUCUUUGGAUCACAAAAUAAAAAUAUUUCAAGGUUGAAUUAGGUGGGCUGAUAAACAGUAACAAUAGAAAGGGAGGCUUUUCACAUCUAAGCACUUUUUAAAACAGGAACAGAUAAGUAAGUACAUGUUUCUAAGUUUAUUGAAAUACAGAUAAUUGACUGUUCCCAGCCAGCCCUCCAAUGUAUUUUAAGAGUACAGACUUAUCAGGAAAUAUACAAACAUUGAAAGUUUCCUUAAUUAAAGGCUGGGUAUCAGAUUGUGUGUUUAGUGGGUUGCUAUGCUCUAUCAGCUCAAGAAUGUUUUAAUGGUUGUGAAUUUAGGAAAGAGCACACCACCCUAAUACUACAAUCAACACAACAGUCUAGUGAACAAGUACUAUUUCACUUGGAGGCUGUAUUAUGGUUCUAAAUUCUUCCUUAAUGGGUUUUUCCACAAACUGAAAGUUACUCAAACCAAAACUUAGUUGGUAUCUAUGACCAUGACCAUGAUCUUAAUUCUCAAGUUUAGCUUACUUUAGUCAUGUAUUUCAUCCUUUUAAUCACAGCUUAAAUUCGGUUCUAAAUGGCUCAGCAAAACAAAUCAUGAAAAUGGAGGGAAAGGCUCCCAGUUAGUGUAGUAUAUAUAGUGAGGAAAACCUUUUAUUUCCUCCUGAUUUAGAAAGAAAGGAAUUUAACCAUUUAUUUCUUGGUAUUCUGCUGCUAUCUGUAGGUUCACUUAACUCUUUUAACCUAUAUCGUAUGACUGUUGUCCUGUUGCACGUUAAUCUUUACCAGUAAAAGAAAUAUCACAAGGUUAAUAUCGGUUUGGCUGAAAGAACUGUGCAGUAGAAUUAUUUGUAAGGGAAAGUGAUGACUUAUUUAUUCAGUAUUUUUCUCUUGAAACAUCUCCUUACUAACUUUAAAUCAUUUCAUAAUCCCUUAUAUGUGAGCCAAUGAAAUAUUUUGAGCUCUAGUUAAGAAGCAUGAAGUCUAUAAAUCUAAACAAAAACACUUGUAACUUGUUUUGUAAAUUUCAUGCCUUAUUUUCCAUUUUUGACACCGUAAAGUGCAUUUUCUGUCAACUGUGAGCAAAUUUCCCUUUGCCUUUAAUGAAAAUAGUGCAUUAAGUAGCCAAUUGCUGCAAUUAUAAAGCAAGUUAGCUAAAGGUGGAUCCCAUUGGACUACCACUCAAAGAAACCGAUGCAAAGGAUGGAAGUCACAUGUGGUGUGGCUUUAGGGAGACUGCACCUGUGCCAGACGCAUGCCACUUUCAGUAGCUGCCAAAUGUGCCUUUAAUUAAGAACAUCUCUAAUUUUUUUCUUCAGAUCAAGUCAGCAUUUGGGGGCGGGAUCAGGGCAGGGGACCUUGGGGUGCAAAUGUCUGGUGAAACUCACCAGAGAAGCCUUUGUCAAAGUGACAUGUAUAACUUCAGUUGAAAUGUGUUUGUGUGUAUAUAUAUAUAUGUGUGUGUGUAUUUGCCUUUGUUUAGUAGCACGGUAUUUGCUGAAAUAAUCGUCCAAAAAAUUGCUCUGUCAGUCUUACUCUGAUGUAAAAACAAAGUGCAGUCUACACAUCUAAUAUGGCCUUUGUACCUAACCAUGUUCGUAGGUAAUCUUUGUACUCUGUGUGCAGCAGUAUUUGGUUUGCAUUUAAAGUGAAAAUAAUGGCUGUUAUUUUUCUGGCAUUACUAAGACAAACCGAAAAAUAAUAAAGAAAAAUGCCUUAUGUA